CCCUGGGCUCUGGGCAAGCUGAGGAGACUGGAGUUUUUCCCCAGCAGGGAGCCGCGCAGGCCGGCGACGUCUUCCCAAGGCUCUACUGCUGGGACCGUGCCCGCUACGCCGCUCCCGCCCCCCUUCAGCGCAGUCUGCACCUCUCGCUGGGUCUCGCCAGCUCGCAGUGCGCGUUUAUGCUGCGGUAAAUGCAUUGAAGGAACUCACAGCUUAUCUAAUAGGGUUUGAAAUAAUUUUCGGUAUGCCAGCUGGGGUGUGGUUUGCCCAAUUCUGAUCCUGUUUCCAGAGAACACAGCUGCUUAGACAAUCUGUUAUCUUCGCGUCCUUCCUUUUGACACCAGAACAUCCUAGAGAUCAGGGGCCUCUCCCAUGCCUUGGAACCAUCCUCUCACGGUGCUGCUCUUCACUGGUGCCAACAACAGAGCUCCCGCAGGCAGGCCUGGAUCAGUGGGGACUGGGGCCCUGAAGUGAGAUGGAGCAAGGCAGAGCGGCCCUUGGGAGAGGGGCAUGGGGCGGCCCUGUGCUUUAGACUCGGCACCCUAUGGCUUGAGGAGGUGACACUGUGUCGACGUGCGUUUGAAGGGAGGACGGCGGAAGGUACAUGCCGUCUCCCGGACGUCAUAAACUCCGCGGACGCGGGUCACACCCGCGCGCACGCGCAGCAGGGGUCUUAGCCACACAGGCGCACGGCGGGGCACGGGCCCUGCCGCAAACGGGCGCGCUCCCUUCUGGGCAAGCAGGUGCGAGGCGCGCGCCAUGGAACAGCCCUUAGCUGAGUUUCGGUUUGCGCUCAAACGGCCGGCCUGCCUGCCCAACGCAGCGUUUCCAGCCAGGGCUCACAAACCUCGGGAGAGAAGGUGGAAGCCGCAGCGGCUCUAAAGGCAGUCCCAGGCUGGCUAAAGCGGUUCCUGGUACGGAAACCGAGGCCCCAGGGCUCGGGCCCUACCCAGCCUGGUUCAGGCCUGUCAUACUCGUCUUUCUCCUUCCUGGGAAAUUGCUGAUGGUUCAAGUAAAGACUCUGAAGCAGUCUCAGGGAUAUACUGCUUGGUAGUAAAAGUCAAGUCUUCAUCAUCUAGUUUACGGCAUGAAUCAACACACAGUUCUUUGAAAAUACUGAAUGCAGAUUCAUCAGAACUCCCUGAAUCUUCUGCACUUGCUCCUCCUUUUUUCAAACUUGCAUUCUUUUGAUGCUUCUGGAUUGUCAUUUUGAAGACCAUUUUCAAGAAUCUUUUUUUUUAUGUUGCAAAAUUUGUUGUUGAAUGCUAGUCAAAACACCACAAAUAGCAUAAUCGUUUGCUGUCUGUCCAUACAUAUCUUGAAUAAAGACAGUAAUAUUUUGUUGAAGAAUGCCGACUAUACCUAACGAGCCAUAAUGUACGGCAGGCGUGAAGGCUGUUCCUCUCAACCUAUCAACAGCAUGUGCAUUUGCUUGUUUCUUCACUAAAAAUUCCAGCAUUUGCUGUCUUUUGCAAACUGCGGCAAGUAAAAGUGGUAUGUGUCCAUCGUUGUUCAGCACUUCAAUAUCCGUAUCAUAGGAAAGUAGUUUUUCUACCAGGAAUGUACUCUCAUUAUAGGACAGCAUAGUGGAGAGCAGUGUUGCCGUAGACAUCCACGUUCCAGCAGAACGAUGCCACAAAUCUCUUCCUGGCAAUGUACAGCCUCCUCAAAGGCAUCCCAUUUUGUUUAUCAGCAAUGUCAAUGUGGCAUUUUCAGUUCACCAGGAGAGUCCCCACUUCCACGUGGCCAUGGGCACAGGCCAAAUGUACAGCAGCCCUGUCCAUCCACAGCUGAAGGGAUAGAGAAACUGCCAUGCGGAUACACACAGAAUAUGCUUCAGCCAUAAAGCUUUGGGAAAUCCUGUCAUCCGCAGCCACAUGGAGAAACCCAGAGGAUAUUAGGUCCAAGAAAAUGAGCCUGGUGGAGAAAGUCCCACACUGCGUGAUCUCAGGCAUGUGGACUCCAAAAAGCUUUAUCUCCUGCCCAUCCACAGAUGAAGGGAUCAAGAAACUCUAAUAUAUAUACACAAAGGAAUGUUCUUUGGCCAUCAAGAUAAUUAAAAGAUGUCAUUUGGAGGAACACAGAUGGCCCGCCGAGGCUGCGGCUGCCUCAUCCUGCACUGUGGAUGGAAGCCGCUGAUCUGACAGGAGGUGGAGCUCAGGUGGUAAUGCUCACUCUUGCUGUGCUGCCAGGUUCUUAACAGGCCAGGGACGAUACUGGUCCAGGGGUGGGGGAGCCCUGCUCCAGAUGACAGCCAGAGUAGUCUUAAAUGUAAGUUGGAUUGUUAGUUCCCUGCUUAGACCUUUAGCCAUUUCCCAUUUCCAGAAUCUUUGGCGUGGCCUGCCUGGCCCUACUUGAUCUGGCUUCUGUUCUCCCACCCUCCCUCGUUAGCCCCCAUCAUCUCAUGCUACUCCCCCUCGCCCAGGACACUGCCCAGAUAUGUUCUUCUCCUUGGGCAAGAAGUUCUGUGCAUGCAGGUCAAAUCUGAAAGGGACAUUUCUUUCUUUAAUGAGUGUCAGGGAUGGGGGAUGUGGCUGAUGAUAUAAGGGGCCCUCCAAUCAGACUUUCUAAUCUAACGGAAAAGAUAAUUACAAUGUUGAUGCUAAAAAAGAAGGUUCUGGCAAAAUAGAACUUCUGAAGCAUCAUAAAUCAGAUGACUAAUAUUUGUGAUCCCUUUCUAAAUUUUCAUGUGAAGAAGAAUAGGGGAUGUAACUGAAGAAAUGAACUAAAAGUUCUUCUAUGUAUUGAUAACCUAAGUGUGGGAUGCUGUUUGGGUCUGGAAACACGUGGCCUCCUGGUACUUAAUAAACAAUCUAGCAUCACACAUGACCUGUAUUAAAAGAGACACUUCAGUGCUGAAUUGUUUGGUGCUCCAAGGGCAGGAGAGCCAGUUAGUGCUUGGGGAGGCAGAGGGGGAACCUUACCUGAUGGCCAGGGAUGUUGGGACUGACUCAGUCCACGAACUGUCCUUGCCUGGAAGAAAGGCAAGGAGUUGAGGAAGAGAGAGGAGAUGGAGGCAAUUCUAGGCCUGAGAUGGUUCUGAGAAUAUCUGUGGGUAAUAAACCAAUUAAGCUAGAGUAGAAGGGUCAUUUGUGGAGCAAAAGGUUGUGGAUUGUGUUGUACAUGGAAUUUCUUAGGCCACUGUGGCUCUUUAGUAGAUAGUGAAAUCAAUGUAGAGGAUCUUGUCCCCCAUUAAAAAUGUUUUGUUUUGUUUUGUUUUGUUUUGUUUUUUGAGACAGAGUCUUGCUCUGUCGCACAUGCUGGAGUACAGUGGAGUACAGAUUCUUUUUAAAAAUACAAGUUAAAGAUUGUGAUAGAAAUAUGAAAACUGGCCGGGCGCGGUGGCUCAUUCCUGUAAUCCCAGCACUUUGGGAGCCCGAGGUGGGUGGCUCACCUGAGGUCAGGAGUUCAAGACCAGCCUAGCCAACAUGGUAAAACCCCCGACUCUACUAAAAAUACAAAAGUUAGCCAGGUGUCUUGGUGGGUGCCUGUAAUCCCAGCUACUUGGGAGGCUGAGGCAGGAGAAUCACUUGAACCUGGGAGGUGGAGGUUGCAGUGAGCCCAGAUCGCACCAUUGCACUCCAGCCUGGGCAACAGAGCAAGACUGUCUCAAAAAUAAAAUAAAAAGAAAAAAAAGAAAAAAGAAAUUAUUAAAACUGUCUUAGUUUUGGUUUUUGGUUUAAUCCAGUUCAAAAUGGUCUAAAACAAACUAAAGGAAUUUAUAAUAAGGACACAAGAGUUUUGUUUUUGCUUUUGUUUUUUUCAGACUCCAGGAGUAGACAUACAGGCCAGGUCUCACAUGUAAAGAAUCAGAACACCUUUAGAAAGGCAAGCAGCACCUCUCUGUUUCUUGCCUCUGCAUCUCUCUGUGCUUCUGUUUCAUUUUCUUUCAGGACCUUCUGCUUUGCACAAAGGUGGUAUGCAAUUAGAAGACGUCUGAGGAGACAAGUAUGCAUCUCCCACCACAACAUUAUAUGAUGCUUGGAGUAAAAACAGUCCUCCCUGUUCCUACCCACGAUUGUAUUAUUCAAUAAAGAUUGCUGCCAGGCAUGGUGGCUCAUACCUGUAGUCCCAGCACUUUGGGAGGCCGAGGCUGGGCAGAUCGCUUGAGACCAGGGUUUGAGACUAGCCUGGACAACAUGGUGAGCCACCAUCUCUGCAGAAACAAAAUAAAAUAAAAUUAGCCAGGUGUGGUGGCCUGUGCCUAUAGCCUCAGCUACUUGGGAGGCUGAGGCAGGAGAAUAGCUUGAGCCCUGGAGGUCCAGGCAACAGUAAGCCAUGAUGGCGGCACUGCACUCCAAACUGGGUGACAGAGUGAGACCCUGUCUUAAAAAAAAAAAAGAUUGCAUUAUUCAAUCUUUUUUUCCCAUAUAUAAUUUAUAUAGUUACAUAAUUACAUUCUAGUUUUUACAUAUGCCAAGAACUACAUAUAAUUUAGUAUUAUGCUGUUUUCACUUAUAUAUCAUGUACAUUUUCCUAUAUAGAUAUAUAAUAUCUAUAUUUGUCCUUUUCCACUUGACUGCUGUGUUUCUUAAAUUGAUAUACUGUGAUCUAAGCCAGUUACAGAUUGGUAUGGAUUUAAAUUACUUCCUAUUUUCUGUUUUAUUAACAAUAAACACUGUUAUGAUAUAGUUUUCAUUUUUGUUUGUUUGGUUUUUGAUCAUUUCCUGUGGAAGUAUUCUCAAAGCUGAAAUUACUGAAUUAGUGGGAAUGAACAUGGCUGUCUUUUUAAAUGUUUUGGCAGCUUACUCUCCAAAAGGAUUACACCAAUAGGUAUUGCCACUAGCAGUAGUUAAGAGUUUGUCUCACCAUGAUUACAAAUUUUUCAAAAUUGGUAGCUUAUUCACAGAUUGGAACAUAUGAAUUGUUCAAUAUUUUAUAAUAUGUAUAUGGGAAAACCCUUAAAUAGAUUAAUCAAGAACAUAUAAGUAUGUAAUAAAUUCCAUACUGGAUUACAUCAAUGAUCCUUCUGUCUCUGCAUCUUGAAACCUAGUUAAGCUCUUUUAUGUUAAAUUCACCCUGACAGAGUUUUGGAAAAUACUUGCUUUUUAUUUCUGAAAGUUUUUGCAAAGGAUGAGGUUUGGUUUUAUGAAAAGUUUUGUCUCUGAAAUUAUCUGCCUAGACUUUGGACAAGGUGUUCUAUUAAUUGUCAAAUACAAUUGAAUUGAAUCACAUUUUUCUUUCUAGGUUACUUUAUAAGAUGUUCCUACAGGUCCUAAAAAAAAAUGCCCACAAGGAGCCAAAUUACUUUCUUCAUGGAUCUAAUAUUGCUUUAUAGUAUUGCUAUAUAGGUUUAGAUAAUUAUGUUGUUUCACCUUCAGCAGUCAUAUUUUAGUUGUAGGUAAAGUCAUUUCUAGUUAAAAUAGUAUGUAAAGCAAACACAUUUGAAAUCACCAUUAUUCGACAUGUUUUGCUAUUACUUACAAGUAACAAUUUACAUUAUUUUAAUGUUGUAAAUAGUUGUGGAAUUUAGUCAUUUUCUGUAUAUUGAAUUAAUUACUGGCAUUAAAUAAGUGUCUUCUCUCUUUAGUAGCUUAACUCAUUUCCUGAAUCUACCCAUUUGAUAUCAUACUUUUGAUUGGUAAAGUCACACAUAAAUAUCUAUUUUACUUUUUAUAAAAUAAUGUCAUAAAAAUAUGGAAGAUUUUCUGGCAGACAUUAUUAGCUAACUGAUGACAUUUUCAGUUAGUGCCAAAAAGUAAUAUAUGAAUAUAUAAAACAUCAAAUGUUUAGCGUAAACUUUAUAAAUAGCAGAAAUGAUUAGAAGAAAUUACUCACAUAUUGUCUGCUAAAAUAAAUACUAAAAUUUGACAACAUGAAAAAAUAUAGUUUCUUGAGCUGAUCAAAUAAAUUGAUCAUAAUUCUUCCUCGUUUUGUUUUCUGUGUCUGUGGAAGUCAUAGCGAAUCCAGAAAAUGUAUAGCUUGAAUUCUGUUGGGUUUUUUUUUCUUUAUUACUUAGUUUACAUACAUUUUUGUCCUCCUUUGAACUUACUUUCUCCAGAUUUGGGUAUGUCAUGGGCAUAAAUCAAACCACUCAGAUCCACUUCUGGAGGUUGAUGUUGGUUUUAAAGCAGGUCCUUGUGGCAUCCGUUCCCUUUCCAUUGCUAGUCAGUACAGAGCUCACCUAAAAGCUAUCAACCAGAUAAAAGGUUCUGAUGCAAAUAAUUUGACAACCCAUUAGCUAGAAAACUAUUUCCUGAAUAACUUAAAAUCGACUGAAGCCUUCCCCCAUAUGUGACAUUGUUCUGCCAUUCCCUUCACUUUUGCAGUCCUCCUUUGUAUAGCCUUGGAAAACAGAUCAGCAAGGUAGCAGUGAAAGACAUCAUGAUACCAAAUAGAAACAAGGACUUGGAAGACACAUUGGACCUCUUAAUUUUCAGGCUACUUGAUAGUAGAUACAGUUCCUUACAAAAGAACAUGGCUUGAUCUUGGGAAAAGAGGGUGCUGGAGGUGAGGGAAGACGAAUUAGCCACCAAGACAGUUCACCUUGCAAUUCAAUCAUUUAGAUCUAACUGGAGAAUGAUUGCUGCCAUGUUCCAGAACAAGAAUGAAAGCCUCGUUCCACAAUGAAAAGGUGCUGGCCUCCAAUGAUUGGUUGCUGCCGCGAGGGCCGCCGGGACCCGCACUCGGCGGUUGUUCGAGAAGAAAGAGACAGCGAUGGCGGCAGGGGCUUCGAAGACUGGGCCUUCUCGGUCUUCCUACCAGCGGAUGGGGAGGAAGAGUCAGCCCUGGGGUGCCGCUGAAAUCCAGUGCACCAGGGCACCAUUGUGAACUUCAAUGUGGACAUGCUUUUUGUGAACUAUGCUUGUUAAUGACUGAAGAAUGCACCACAAUUAUAUGCCCUGAUUGUGAGGUUGCUACAGCUGUAAAUACUAGACAACGCUACUACCCAAUGGCUGGAUAUGUUAAAGAAGACUCCGUAAUGGAGAAACUGCAGCCUAAGACGAUAAAGAAUUGUUCUCAGGACUUUAAGAAGACUGCUGAUCAGCUAACUACUGGUUUAGAACAUUCAGCCUCCACACACAGGACUGUUUUGAACUCAUCAGCUGUAAUGUUGGACACUGAUACUGCAGAAGAAAUUGAUGAAGCAUUGAAUACAGCACACCAUAAUUUUGAACAAUUAAGCAUUGCUGGAAAAGCACUUGAACACAUGCAGAAGCAAACGAUAGAGGAGAGAGAAAGAGUUAUAGAAGUUGUGGAGAAACAGUUUGACCAACUUUUGGCUUUUUUUGAUUCCAGGAAAAAGAACCUGUGUGAAGAAUUUGCAAGAACUACUGAUGAUUAUCUAUCAAAUUUAAUAGAGGCUAAAAGCUACAUUGAAGAGAAAAAAAAUAAUUUGAAUGCAGCUAUGAACAUAGCAAGAGCAUUACAAUUAUCACCUUCUCUAAGAAGAUACUGUGACCUGAAUCAGAUUAUCCGGACUUUGCAGUUAACUUCAGAUAGUGAAUUAGCACAAGUUAGUUCUCCACAACUAAGGAACCCUCCCAGGUUGAGUGUGAAUUGCAGUGAGAUCAUCUGUAUGUUCAACAAUAUGGGAAAGAUUGAAUUUGGGGACUCAACAAAAUGUUAUCCCCAAGAAAAUGAAAUUAGACAGAAUGUUCAAAAGAAAUAUAAUAACAAAAAGGGACUUUCUUGUUACGAUACAUACCCACGACUAGAAAAGAAAAAGGUUGACAUGUCUGUCCUAACCAAUGAAGCACCACCACCUCCUUUGCAACCUGAGACAAAUGAUAUACAUUUAGAAGCAAAAAACUUCCAGCCACAGAAAGACGUUGCAACAGCAUCCCCUAAAACCAUUGCUGUGUUACCUCAGAUGGGAUCUAGCCCUGAUGUGAUAAUUGAAGAAAUUAUUGAAGACAACAUGGAAACAUGCGGCACAGAUGAUCUUGGGGAGACACCUAGAUAUCCAAAAAAGCCUCUUCAGAAAAACUCAUCUGUUCCUUUUGGAUCAAAAGCAGGUUCUGCAGAGCUAGUUUUUGUAAGCCAUGUAAUAGAUCCUUGCCAUUUCUACAUUCGGAAGUAUUCACAAAUAAAAGACGCCAAAGUACUGGAGAAGAAGGUGAAUGAAUUUUGCAAUAGGAGUUCACACCUUGAUCCUUCAGACAUUUUGGAACUAGGUGCAAGAAUAUUUGUCAACAGUAUUAAAAAUGGAAUGUGGUGUCGAGGAACUAUCACAGAAUUAAUUCCAAUAGAGGGUAAAAAUACCAGAAAACCUUGUAGUCCAACCAGAUUAUUUGUCCAUGAAGUUGCACUAAUGCAAAUAUUCAUGGUAGAUUUUGGAAAUUCUGAAGUCCUGAUUGUCACAGGAGUUGUUGAUACCCAUGUGAGACCAGAACACUCUGCUAAGCAGCAUAUUGCACUAAAUGAUUUAUGUCUGGUUCUAAGGAAAUCUGAACCAUAUAUUGAAGGGCUGCUAAAAGACAUCCAGCCGUUAGCACAACCAUGCUCAUUGAAAGACAUUGUUCCACAGAAUUCAAAUGAAGGCUGGGAAGAGGAAGCUAAAGUGGAAUUUUUGAAAAUGGUAAAUAACAAGGCUGUUUCAAUGAAAGUUUUUAGAGAAGAAGAUGGUGUGCUUAUUGUAGAUCUGCAAAAACCACCACCGAAUAAAAUAAGCAGUGAUAUGCCUGUGUCUCUUAGAGAUGCGCUAGUUUUUAUGGAACUAGCAAAGUUUAAGUCACAAUCACUAAGAAGUCACUUUGAAAAAAAUACUACUUUUCACUAUCAUCCACCUAUUUUGCCUAAAGAAAUGACAGAUGUUUCAGUAACGGUUUGUCAUAUAAAUAGUCCUGGAGAUUUCUAUCUUCAGUUGAUAGAGGGCCUGGAUUUUCUAUUUCUAUUAAAGACAAUUGAGGAAUUCUAUAAAAGUGAAGAUGGAGAAAAUCUGGAAAUCCUCUGUCCAGUUCAAGAUGAAGUCUGUGUAGCUAAAUUUGAAGAUGGAGUUUGGUACCGAGCAAAAGUUAUCGAACUUGAUCAUUGGGAAUCUUGCUGGAAAAGUAGUAUAGAUAGAACAAAGCAACAGAAAUUAAUUAUUCAAAAACCGGUGAACUCUAGCUUGAUGUUGACUGUUUGUCUGUCCCAUGCUAUUUUGAUUGUCAAGGUACAAAUUAAAGGAUUGCCUGGACAUCAGGAAGUUGAAGUUAGAUAUGUGGACUUUGGUAAUACUGCAAAAAUAACAAUCAAAGACGUGCGUAAAAUAAAGGAUGAGUUUCUGAAUGCCCCAGAGAAGGCAAUUAAAUGUAAGUUGGCCUAUAUUGAACCAUAUAAAAGGACAAUGCAGUGGUCCAAAGAAGCUAAAGAAAAAUUUGAAGAAAAGGCUCAAGAUAAAUUUAUGACAUGUUCAGUUAUCAAAAUUCUGGAAGAUAAUGUGCUCUUAGUUGAGCUUUUCGAUUCUCUUGGUGCUCCUGAAAUGACUACUACUAGUAUUAAUGACCAGCUAGUUAAAGAGGGCCUAGCAUCUUAUGAAAUAGGAUACAUCCUCAAAGAUAAUUCUCAAAUGCAUAUUGAAGUUUGGGAUCCUUCUCCAGAAGAAAUUAUUUCAAAUGAAGUACACAACUUAAAUCCUGUGUCUGCAAAAUCUCUACCUAAUGAGAAUUUUCAGUCACUUUAUAAUAAAGAAUUGCCUGUGCAUAUCUGUAAUGUAAUAUCUCCUGAGAAGAUUUAUGUUCAGUGGUUGUUAACUGAAAACUUACUUAAUAGUUUAGAAGAAAAGAUGAUAGCUGCUUAUCAAAACUCAAAAUGGGAACCUGUUAAAUGGGAAAAUGAUAUGCACUGUGCUGUUAAGAUCCAAGAUAAAAAUCAGUGGCGAAGAGGCCAGAUCAUCAGAAUGGUUACAGACACAUUGGUAGAGGUCUUGCUGUAUGAUGUGGGUGUUGAACUAGUAGUGAAUGUUGACUGUUUAAGAAAACUUCAAGAAAAUCUAAAGACAAUGGGAAGACUCUCUUUGGAAUGUUCUCUGGUUGACAUAAGACCAGCUGGUGGGAGUGACAAGUGGACAGCAACAGCUUGUGACUGUCUUUCAUUGUACCUGACUGGAGCUGUAGCAACUAUAAUCUUACAGGUGGAUAGUGAGGAAAACAACACAACAUGGCCAUUACCUGUGAAAAUUUUCUGCAGAGAUGAAAAAGGAGAGCGUGUUGAUGUUUCUAAAUAUUUGAUUAAAAAGGGUUUGGCUUUGAGAGAAAGGAGAAUUAAUAAAUUAGGUAACAGUCAUUCAUUAUCUGAGAAGUCUCUGGAAGUCCCCCUGGAACAGGAAGAUUCAGUAGUUGCUAACUGUAUUAAAACUAACUUUGACCCUGACAAGAAAACUGCUGACAUAAUCAGUGAACAGAAAGUGUCUGAAUUUCAGGAGAAAAUUCUAGAACCAAGAACCACUAGAGGGUAUAAACCACCAGCUAUUCCUAACUUGAAAGUAUUUGAGGCAACAGUCAGCUGUGUUGGUGAUGAUGGAACUAUAUUUGUAGUACCUAAACUAUCAGAAUUUGAGCUAAUAAAAAUGACAAAUGAAAUUCAAAGUAAUUUAAAAUGCCUUGGUCUUUUGGAGCCUUAUUUCUGGAAAAAAGGAGAAGCAUGUGCAGUUAGAGGAUCCGAUACUCUGUGGUAUCGUGGCAAGGUGAUGGAGGUUGUAGGUGGUGCCGUCAGAGUACAAUAUUUAGAUCAUGGAUUCACUGAAAAGAUUCCACAGUGCCAUCUUUACCCUAUUUUGCUGUAUCCUGAUAUACCCCAGUUUUGUAUUCCUUGUCAGCUCCAUAAUACCACACCUGUUGGGAAUGUGUGGCAACCAGAUGCAAUAGAAGUUCUUCAACAACUGCUUUCAAAGAGAGAGGUGGACAUUCACAUUAUGGAGUUACCUAAAAAUCCAUGGGAGAAAUUGUCUAUUCACCUCUAUUUUGAUGGAAUGUCACUUUCUUAUUUUAUGGCAUACUAUAAAUACUGUACUUCUGAACAUACUGAGGAGAUGUUGAAAGAAAAACCAAGAUCAGAUCAUGAUAAAAAGUAUGAAGAGGAACAAUGGGAAAUAAGGUUUGAGGAAUUGCUUUCGGCUGAAACAGACACUCCUCUUUUACCACCUUAUUUGUCUUCAUCUCUGCCUUCUCCAGGAGAACUCUAUGCUGUUCAAGUUAAGCACGUUGUCUCACCUAAUGAAGUGUAUAUUUGCCUUGAUUCUAUAGAAACUUGUAACCAGUCUAACCAGCAUAGUGACACAGAUGAUAGUGGAGUCAGCGGGGAAUCACAAUCCGAGAGCCUUGAUGAAGCACUGCAGAGGGUUAAUAAGAAGGUAGAGGCGCUUCCUCCUCUGACGGAUUUUAGAACAGAAAUGCCUUGCCUUGCAGAAUAUGAUGAUGGCUUAUGGUAUAGAGCGAAGAUUGUUGCCAUUAAAGAAUUUAAUCCUUUAUCUAUCUUAGUACAAUUUGUUGAUUAUGGAUCAACUGCAAAGCUGACAUUAAACAGACUGUGCCAAAUUCCUUCUCAUCUUAUGCGGUAUCCAGCUCGAGCCAUAAAGGUUCUCUUGGCAGGGUUUAAACCUCCCUUAAGGGAUCUAGGGGAGACAAGAAUACCAUAUUGUCCCAAAUGGAGCAUGGAGGCACUGUGGGCUAUGAUAGACUGUCUUCAAGGAAAACAACUUUAUGCUGUGUCCAUGGCUCCAGCACCAGAACAGAUAGUGACAUUAUAUGAUGAUGAACAGCAUCCAGUUCAUAUGCCAUUAGUAGAAAUGGGGCUUGCAGAUAAAGAUGAAUAAGUGCCUAAGUAUUAAAAACUCAAGAUGUGAAUGCAAAAGCGCAUAGAAGAAAAUGGUGUACUUGUGGCCUGAGGAUUGAGAAGAAUUAAAAUCAUGAAAACCAAAAACUAUUUUAAAAGCCUAGUAAAUUCAACAUUACAAGGAAAAACAUACAUUUAAAAAAACACAAACUGAAAACCUAAACCCAGAUUGGAGAAAAUAUUAGCAGUGCUUAUAACUGACAAAGGAUUACUAUACAGAAUAAUUAACUUUAUAAGGAGAAACACACACACACACAUCCAAAAUUUUAAAUGGACAAAGGAAAUGAACAGGCAGUUCACAAAAGGAGAACCUCAAAUGCUGACUAAAUGUAAGAAAACAUGCUCACAGGGCCUUACCGGCUCACGGAAUCAACCACCAUUUUACAUUAACUGGCCAAAAUUUUAAAGUCUGGCCAGAUCAAGUGUUUGCAAGUAUGAAGAGCAUACUCUGCUGACAGUAAAAAAACUGGUACAACCCUGUUGCAGAGCAAAGGGAAAACCUCCAGCUGACAUGGCCCGGCAUCUUACUCUUCAUAUAUAUCCUAGAGACGCCACAGGAUCAAGACACGCUCUGCAGCCCUACUCAUUAUCAUGCAAACCUAAUUGCCCAUCACCAGGAAUGCUGAACUGCGGAAGUAUACAAUGCAAUCUACAUAGCUAUUAAAAUCAAUCAACUGGAGUUUUUAUGUGUUAAGAUGGGUAAGUCAUACAGUAUUGAGAGGAAAAAAACAAAUUGCAGAAGGACACACAGAAUAUGAAACAAUACUACAGGGUGAGUGUCCCUUAUCAGAAAUGCUUGGGAACAGUAUUGCAGAUCUCCAUUUUUUUUCAAGUUUUGGAAUAUUUGCAAAUACUUAUUGGUUGAGCAUCCCUAAUCCACAUUCAAAAUGCUCCAAUGAAUGUUUCCUUUGAGCAUCAUGCUUGCCCUCAAAAAGUUUCAGAUUUGGGGCGCUCGACCAGUAUAACAAUUUAUGAACGCAACAUGGUAAAAGAAUUUAAAACCGAAGCAUGGACCAUUAUCAGGGUAAAAAUUAGCUGGGGGAAUAAGAUGAUGCACAGGAGCUUCAAUUACAUUUAUUAAUUCAAAUUCAUUCAAAUGUUCAAAAACAUUUAUUAAGAAAUGUUUUAUUUCUUAAGUUGGGUAUAAAUUGUUUAUUCCCUACAUUCUGAAAUGUUUUAUAAAAAGAUCAU